AUGGCCUCUACCGAUCGGGAGACCUUGCCUGACGUGGCUAAACCGAUCAAUUACCAUGUCUCGCUUUUCGAUUUGCAACUUGGGGAUGCGUGGGGCUACAAGGGUCUGCUGAAGAUCGAUACUAAGGUCACUCGGGCUACCAAGGAGAUUGUGUUGAACUCAAAGGAGAUUGAAGUGCAGAAUGCUGAAGUAUUGGCAAAGGACGGCACUUCCCUGGCCAGCACAUCCGAUAUCAGCUAUGACACAACUUCUGAGCGGGUGACCUUGAAGUUCUCUCUGGAAAUUGCCCCAUCUGAUGUCGUCCUGUCGAUCAAGUUUACCGGUACCAUGAACAGCGCUAUGUCAGGUUUCUAUCGGUCAAAGUAUAAGCCUGUUGGUGAGCCAGGUGCCGAUACACCCAAAGAAGGAGAGUUCGCCUACAUGCUCAGCACCCAAUUCGAAUCUUGUGAUGCCCGGAGAGCGUUCCCUUGCUUUGACGAGCCGAAUCUGAAGGCUACAUUUGAUUUUGAGAUUGAGAUCCCUAAGGGCCAGACUGCACUCAGCAACAUGCCGGUUUUGGCAGAGAGAGAAAGCAGUAACUCGGACUUGAAAUUUGUCACCUUCGAAAAAACACCCGUGAUGAGCACUUACUUGCUCGCGUGGGCUGUGGGUGAUUUUGAAUAUGUUGAAGCUAUGACACAGCGAAAAUACAAGGGCAAGAGCAUUCCUGUCCGUGUCUACACCACCCGCGGUCUUAAGGAACAGGCUCGCUUUGCGCUUGAAUGUGCCCACCAGACAGUUGAUUACUUCUCUGAGAUCUUUGAAAUCGAGUAUCCUCUUCCGAAGGCUGAUCUUCUGGCUGUCCAUGAAUUUGCCAUGGGAGCCAUGGAGAACUGGGGCUUGGUCACAUAUCGAACAACUGCGGUUCUCUUUGAUGAAGGAAAAUCGGACAAUAGGUAUAAGAACCGUAUUGCUUAUGUUGUUGCCCAUGAGCUGGCACAUCAGUGGUUCGGUAAUCUCGUCACCAUGGAUUGGUGGAACGAGCUUUGGCUUAACGAGGGCUUCGCAACUUGGGUUGGUUGGCUUGCAGUGGAUCACUUCCAUCCAGAUUGGAAUGUCUGGUCUCAGUUUGUCGCUGAGGGUGUGCAACAAGCAUUUCAUCUUGACUCGCUGCGAGCGUCUCAUCCCAUCGAGGUUCCUGUCCGAAAUGCUCUCGAGGUGGAUCAAAUCUUCGAUCAUAUUAGCUACCUUAAGGGUAGUUCGGUUAUUCGCAUGCUGAGUGUCCAUCUUGGCCAAGAGACUUUCCUUCGGGGUGUUGCCGACUACCUCAAGUCCCACGCUUAUGGAAACGCUACUACCAACGAUCUGUGGUCUGCUUUGAGCAAAGCUUCUGGGCAGGACGUGCAUGGUUUCAUGGACCCCUGGAUUCGCAAAAUUGGAUUUCCCGUGGUUACGGUGGCCGAGGAACCGGGUCAAAUUAGCAUCCGUCAAAACCGAUUCUUGUCUACCGGUGAUGCGAAGCCGGAGGAGGAUGAAACUACCUGGUGGGUUCCCUUGGGAAUCAAAUCUGGCCCGGAGCUGGCUUCUGUGGACACUCGUGCCCUCACCCAGAAAUCAGACAAUGUCGCGGGCAUCGGAGAAGAUGCUUUCUACAAGAUCAAUAAGGACCUCGCUGGCUUCUACCGCACAAAUUACCCUCCUGCUCGCCUGGAGAAAUUAGGUCAGUCUCUUUCCCUGCUCAGUACUGAAGAUAAGAUCGGUCUGCUGGGAGAUGCAUCUGCCCUUGCAGUUUCUGGCGAGGGUACCACACCAGCUCUGUUGGCUCUUCUGGAAGGAUUUAAGGAUGAGAAGAACUAUCUCGUUUGGUCGCAAGUGUCUUCAUCAUUGGCAAACCUGCGCUCUGUUUUCUCUCAAAACGACUCUAUUGCUGAGGGCUUGAAGAAAUUCACCAAGAAAAUAGCUGCGCCAGCUGCAGAGCAGAUUGGUUGGGAGUUCCAGCCAAAUGAGGACUACCUUACUGUUCAAAAGCGCAAAUUAUUGAUUGCCAUGGCUGGUAACGCCGGCCAUGAAAGCAUUGUUGCUGAGACAAAACGACGAUUUGACCUGUGGGCCACUGGCAAAGACAGAAGUGCCGUACACACUAAUCUCCGAUCCGCGAUUUUCAGCCUUAAUGUAUCGGAGGGUGGCCGGGAGCAGUAUGAAGCCGUCAAGGAAGAGUACCUGCGUACGGACUCGGUGGAUGGUAAGGAGAUUUGUCUGGCCGCCAUGGGACGCACCAAGGACGCAGCUCUUGUGAACGAUUACUUGGACUUUGUGUUCUCCGACAAGGUGGCUAUCCAGGAUAAGCACAGUGGUGCCGUCUCCCUGGCUGCCAACUCCAAGAUGCGUCAUGUUCUGUGGGAGUACAUCAAAUCAAACUGGGCCUCUGUUGAGACGCAACUAUCGUCCAACAACGUUGUCUUUGAGCGAUUCAUUCGCAUGGGUCUUUCUAAAUUUGCGGACCACAAGACUGGUGAUGAUAUUGCGGCUUUCUUCCAAGGUAAGAAGACUGGAGCGUAUGAGCGUGCUCUCGUUAUUAUCUCGGACAACAUUCGGACCAACGCUUCCUACAAGGAGCGAGACGAGGCUCUGACUCUUGAAUGGUUGAAAGCCCACAACUACGUCUGA